UCAGAGGGGGGAGGGGUGAGAGAGCUUGCUGGGCUUUUCAGCAGAUAGAACAGGAGACAUCUAGGAAAAUACAGCAUUGGGUGUUACCAAGCUUCAGAGAUACAAAGGAUUCAUCGUCGUUUCCCUCCUCUGGAUCGGAUAUAAUCCAUCAGAAUGGCAUCUGCGGAUCUGAAGAAGGAGCUGGAAUGUUCGAUAGAGACAUGUGGAAGAAGCAAUAGUGGUGCGGAGGAAGCGCAGAGACCUAUGGAAGGAUCAAUGGCGGCGCAGAGACAUAUGGAAAAAUCAAUGGCGCAGAGACAGAUGGAAGAAACAAUGGUGGCGCAGAGACAGAUGGAAGAAACAAUGGCGUUGCAGAGGCAUAUGGAAAAAUCCAUGGCGGCGCAGCGACAUAUGGAGCAAUCCAUGGCGGCGCAGCGACAGAUGGGAGAAUCGAUGGCGGCGCAGCGACAUAUGGAAGAAUCAAUGGCAGCGCAGAGACAUAUGGAAGAAUCAAUGGCGGUGCAGAGACAAAUGAAAGAAAUAAUGGCGAUGCAGAGACCUAUGGAACAAUCAAUGGCGGAGCAGAGAUAUUUGGAACAAUCAAUGGCGGAGCAGAGAUAUAUGGAACAAGCAAUGGCGGUCCAGAGACAUAUGGAAAAAACCAUGGCGGUCCAGAGACAUAUGGAAGAAACGAUGGCGGCACAGAGACCUAUGGAAGAAACUAUGGCGGCGCAAAGACAAAUGGAAAAAACAAUGGCGGUGCAGCGACAUAUGGAAGAAACGAUGGCGAGGCAGAGACAAAUGGAAGAAACAAUGGCAUUGCAGAGAUAUAUGGAAGAAUCAAGGGCGGUGCAGAGACAAAUGGAACAAACCAUGGCGGUGCAGAGACAUAUGGAAGAAACCAUGGCGGUGCAGAGACAUAUGGAACAAACUAGGGCGGCGCAGAGACAAAUGGAAGGAAGAAACAAGGCCGGCGCAGAGACCUAUGGAAGAAACGCCGGUGGUGCUACUGCCGAGACGUAUGCAAGAAAUGCUGGCGUUGCCGAGGCGUAUGCGAGAAACGCUGGCGUUGCCGUUACCGAUGCAUAUGGAAGAAACACUGGCGUUACCGAUGCAUAUGGAAGAAACGCUACCGUUACAGAUGCAUAUGGAAGAAACACUGCCGUUGCCGAGGCAUACGGAAGAAACAAUAGCGGUGCUGAGACAUAUGGAAGAAACCCUGGGAGUGCCGAGACAUAUGGAAGAAACCCCGGGGGUGCAGAGACAUAAAGAAACCAUAGUGGUGCAGAACGAGGGGGGAAAUAGGGGGACUUUAUAUGAAGCACACACCCGGGAGUGAACGAACCAAUAAUUAUAUAGUAAUGUUUAAUGUGGAACAUGGGAACCUACGUACACAUAGGGCAGUAAAAAAUUGUAUAUAAUAUUCUCAUAUGUGUAUGUAGGUUCCCAUGAUCGACAUUAAACAUGUAUUACUAUAUAAUUAUUGGUUCGUUCAUUCCCAGCUGUGUGCUUCAUAUAAAGUCCCCCUAUUUCCCCGCCACCCCCCUGUCCCCCUCCCCCAUUUUCCAUUAAAUCAGCGAUGGAGGUAUAUGAACCCACCAGUCAUUGCCUCCAUUUAAAGUCCCAACCUUUUUUUCCCCCUUUUUUUUUUUUCAAUAGUGGUGCAGAGACAUAUGGAAGAAACAACGGCAGGGCAGAGACAGGAAUAGAAAGAAAACAGAAAGAUCACAGAGAACGUUCUCCGAGCAUGCAGAGCACACGUUGCUUUCAUAGGUUCCCUAAAACGAAAAAAAAAAACUGUCACCACUUCA